AUGGAAGAACUGAAAGAAAAAACAAGAAGGACUCUAGGAAGAGAUUUGGAUCCAAUGGCUGCAAUGAAGCUGAUUGACACCCUCCAAUGGCUAGGAAUUUCCUAUCAGUACGAGGAAGAGAUUGAUUUCUGGUUGGAGAAACUACAACAUUGGGAAGCUCCUGAACAUGAUUUACAAGCCACAGCUAUACGUUUUCGACUACUUAGACAAAAUGCAAGGCCAGUUAACUCGGAUAUCUUCACAAAAUUCAUGGUUGAAAACCAAGACAAAGAGGGCCUACUAUGUUUAUAUGAAGCAUCGUAUUUAGGUACAAAUGAUGAGUAUAUACUAUCAAAGGCCAUGACAUUCGCCGAAGCAGAACUAAAAUCAACGGCUAGGGGCACGGCGUUGCCACAACAUCUUUCGAGGCUAAUCAGUCGAGCCCUCGAACUUCCUCGGCACAUGAGAAUGGAAAGGCUAGAAUCGAGAUUGUAUAUUGAUGAAUACUACAACCAAAACCAUCCCAAUGACCAUCUUUUAAAAUUGGCAAAAUCUGAUUAUAAUCAUGUCCAAUCACUAUAUCAAAUGGAACUUGCUGAGGUAUCCAGGUGGCUGAAGCACUUAGGGCUUAUUGACAAACUAAGUUUUGCCAGAAAUCGUCCCAUGGAAUGUUUUUUGUGGACAGUUGGAGUUUUUCCACAUCCCAAGUAUUCCGUUGUCCGAAUAGAAAUGGCUAAAUGCAUAGCCAUUUUGUUAGUCAUUGACGACAUUUUUGAUACCUAUGGUACCAUCGAAGAACUUGCGCUCUUUACACAGACAACAAAGAAAUGGGAUCUCAAUGCAAUAGAAGAACUUCCUGAAUACAUGAAAAUAUGCUUUAUGGCGCUCUACAAUACAACUAAUGAAAUUGCCUACCAUAUUCUCAAAGAACAAGGGAGAAACGUACUCCAAUUCCUUGCGAAAACGUGGAUUGAUACCAUAGAAGCUUUUUUUGUCGAAGCUGAGUGGUUCAACAAUGGCCAAACACCGUCCGUCGAAGAUUAUUUAAGGAAUGGAGUAACAACAUCCGGAUCCUACAUGGCUUUAGUGUUUGCAUUCUUCUUGAUAGGUGAAGGUAUCAAUGAACAAAAUGUGAAAUAUAUGGUAAAGCCGUAUGCAACAAUAUUUUCAAUUUCAGGAAUGAUUCUUCGGCUUUGGGAUGAUCUUGGCACUUCAAAGGAGGAAAAAGAUCGAGGAGACAAUUCAUCCGUUGUAACACUACUCAUGAAGGAAAAAAAUUUAUCUGAAGACGAUGCUAGAGAACACAUAAUAGAACUCAUUCGGACUUUGUGGAAAGAUCUAAACAGGGAGCUUUUAGGUUGGAGCAAGUUUCCAUUGACUCUCAUCCACACUUGUUUCAAUAUGUCAAGAACUUCACAAGUCAUCUAUCAACAUCAAGAAAACUCUUACUUUUCCAACGUUGAUAGUUUCGUGGACUUAAUACUUUACAAUCCAAUUAAAAAUUGA